UUCUGUAAAAUAGCAAUGGCUGAGUAUAUCUGUUUAGUUAACAAGGAUACUCUAAUUAUAAAGCCUCCUAAGAAAUCUCCAUGUUUCUUAAGGACAAUAGUUUUGUUGUUUGCUAUGGUGUGUGGUGUUUAUAUCUGUACAAUCUGUUUAAAGCAGAUAAGUACCGUCACCAAGAUGAAAUUUCAGAAAAUCCAAGUCAUUGAGAGGCCAUCUCCAGAUAGUAACAUAAUUACAGAAUUAGAAUCUCAAAUUCCUUCCUUGCAUUAUCCUAAACCUGAAACCUUUAGCAGGGGUGAAUGCACACAGAAUCCGGUGCGUUUCUUUGCCAUAUUGUCAAUGCAAAGGUCAGGAAGUGGAUGGUUUGAGACUUUGCUAAAUAGUCAUAUUAAUGUAAGCUCAAAUGGGGAGAUAUUCUCUGUAAUGGCUAGGAGGAAAAAUAUCUCGACUAUUAUACAGACUUUGGAGAAAGUUUAUAAUUUAGACUGGUUUACUAGUGCUUCCAAGAAUGAGUGCUCUGCUGCAGUUGGCUUCAAGUGGAUGCUGAAUCAGGGAUUGAUGGAGCACCAUAAAGAAAUAGUAGAAUACUUCAAUCAUCGGGGUGUUUCUGCCAUAUUUCUCUUCCGAAGAAAUUUGCUUCGAAGGAUGGUUUCAGUGCUUGCCAAUUCGUAUGAUCGCUAUGCUAAGCUAUUAAAUGGAACCCACAAGUCUCAUGUUCAUUCACAGGAAGAGGCUGCUGCUCUUUCAAGUUACAAGCCAAUGAUCAAUUCUACAUCAUUAAUAAGUGAUCUGAAAGAAGUGGAGAUGGCUGCUGUCGAGGCUUUAGAAUACUUCAAUAGCACCCGUCACAUGGUUUUGUACUAUGAGGAUCUUGUCACAGAUUAUACAAAACUAAAAGAUGUUCAAGAGUUUCUAGGCCUUCCACAGAUGAAAUUAACUAGUCGCCAGGUUAAAAUACACAAAGGUUCAUUAUCUGAUUUUGUGAAGAACUGGGAUGAUGUGAACAAGACACUAAAUGGAACAGAAUAUGAGAGUUUCCUUCGCGCUGACUAUUAAGAAUGACUGCAUUGCUAACAAAAAAAUGGUGUGGAUACCAUCUUCAGCUAAUUUUUGUUACUGAAGCUGACCAGACAUUCACCCUGUUUCAAAAUUUUGGCUGCCAUGAAGGCAUGAUGUUCUCCAUGCUGGCAACACUCAGGUGAUCAAACAACCCGUUGAUGCAGGUGAUUGAUGCUGCAUUGAGCCAUGUAUCAUUUCUUGUCUUGAUUUAUUUGAAUUGAUCAUAUAGACAGCUUGUAUAUUGUCAGCUAAUGAAAAUUUGGGUGAAUCAAUUGUUCAUCCUCAAAAUAGUGUUUUUAUACGAUUAUGUCCAUCAGGCUUUGAUUUUUA